ACCUGCUAUAGUGAUGUGCACCGUUGCAUUUGCAUCAGGACAGGAUUAUAUAGGGUAGGAAUGGGACAUGAUGCAUUGCACUGGACAGAUACCGGAGAAGAUCUUCAGCUUCAGCUCAAGAGUGAACAUUCAAAGAUACAGUGAAGGCAGUUGAUUAUGGAUUUCAGCGUGAGGAUCAUGUUAGCUCUGCUACUGAUCAGUCUGCAGCUGACUGGAGGGGAUUUCCAUAAAACCGACAAAAAAGCUAAGACAAAGAUUCCUAAAUGGCUUAGGCGACGGUUUCCCUCGAAAUCUGAUAAAACCAAACAAGAAAAUGAUAAAGUUGUCAUCCAGACGGCAACUGAUCUCAACAGCAACUUGGAAUGGGUCGCAUCAACAAAAGUGCCGAAGGACACGGUUUCUUUCAUAGAAGAACAAAAAGAGUAUUACAUUGCUAAACGACACCCAAAAUGUGAGAUUUGCUUCUUUGACAAAGAUAAACAAUCAUGUAUAACAUGGUUACAGGAUGGUAUAAAAAGCUCAUCUGUUGGAUAUAAUGAAAUUAUGUUUCUAGUGAACAAGGAUAACUUUGAAAUUAUAGAAUGGAAGUUAUCUACCAAUCAAACGAUCCCACCUAUGGUUAUAGAAGUAUGUGAAGAGAUAGGCGUUUUUCAAGAUUAUGACAUUAACAUGGAAAACAUUACUGAAACAGCUGAAUUCCUCACCUUAAACACUGACUUUAAAAUGCAGCAUUUAAGCGUUGUUGAGUAUUUAAUGUCGAGUGUGGUGACGUCAGAAAACCUAGAAGUUCUUAAACAUUUUCAAGCUUCCAAUGAGAACUGCAAACCAUCCAAACAUACAGUGAAAUUCGACCAAAAUAUUGAUAAAACAACUACUUACCAAACAGGUAAAAUCAAUACAUUGGGAGGGAAUGUAGAGUUAUCAGUCAGUGGUAAAAUUCCAUCUAUGAUAAGUAUUGGAGGAAAAUUUGGGCUUAAAUAUGACCGUAGUCACUCCCGUUCUAACACUACAUCUGUAGUUGAGAAAACCCUGCACUCUGUGGAUAUAGAGGUGGAGAUUCCACCCAACCAUUCUUGCACCAUUGACAUUACAAGCAAUACCUUCAUAGCUGAAGUCCCGUUCACUGGUGAAAUGACUAGAAUGUACAAAAACAAUGAAAUACGCAAGACCUUCAUCAACGGCACCUACAUCCAUCAGGAAGUAGCAGAAAUUCAAACGCUUGUGAAUCCCUGCCAACCUCUUUCUGAGAGUAGGAAAUGUCAGACAAAACAUACAUAACCAGUGUGCAGUGUCUGUACUGGAA